UUGCCUGAUUUAGGCUAGGCUCUCAUAUGUGUUGAAUUUCUGGCAUAUUUUGUUUUGAAUUUCUGCAUGGUUUAUGUUAAAUUCUUAAAUUUUGGGGGUGAUUUUGUGAUAGAUCAACAAGAGUAGUUGGUUCUCCGUGCAACGAUGAAGGCACUCAUUCUCGUCGGAGGGUUCGGUACGCGUCUGCGGCCAUUGACGCUCAGCGUUCCAAAGCCGCUUGUGGAUUUUGCUAACAAACCCAUGAUUCUGCAUCAGAUUGAAGCUCUGAAAGCUAUUGGAGUGACAGAAGUUGUUCUAGCCAUCAAUUACCAACCAGAGGUGAUGCUGAACUUCUUGAAGGAAUUCGAGAGCAAGCUGGGGAUGAAGAUCACUUGCUCGCAGGAGAACGAGCCAAUGGGCACUGCAGGUCCCCUGGCUCUAGCCAAGGAUAAGCUGCUAGAUGGUUCCGGUGAGCCUUUCUUCGUACUCAACAGCGAUGUUAUCAGUGAGUACCCGCUCAGGCAAAUGAUCGAAUUCCACAGAGCUCAUGGUGGAGAGGCUUCAAUAAUGGUAACCAAGGUAGAUGAACCAUCAAAGUACGGCGUCGUGGUCAUGGAGGAGAAGACUGGGAAAGUAGAGAAGUUUGUAGAGAAACCGAAGAUCUUCGUGGGCAACAAGAUUAAUGCCGGGAUCUACCUGCUGAAUCCCUCCGUCAUCGACCGGAUCCAAUUGCGGCCCACUUCGAUUGAGAAAGAGGUCUUCCCUAAGAUUGCUGCAGAGCAAAAGCUCUAUGCAAUGGUCUUACCUGGAUUCUGGAUGGACAUUGGGCAGCCAAGGGAUUACAUCACAGGCCUGGGGUUGUAUCUGAACUCCCUCCGGAAGAACUCUCCUUCCCGGCUAGCUGUCGGGCCCCACAUUGUGGGGAACGUCCUGGUCCAUGAGAGUGCAGUCAUUGGGGAGGGCUGCCUGAUUGGCCCAGACGUGGCGAUCGGGCCGAACUGCGUGGUCGAGUCUGGGGUGAGGCUAUCCCGGUGCACGGUCAUGCGUGGGGUCCGCAUCAAGAAACAUGCGUGCAUCUCCAGCAGCAUCAUCGGGUGGCACUCUACGGUGGGGCAGUGGGCCCGUGUCGAGAACAUGACCAUCCUUGGGGAGGACGUCCACCUAUGCGAUGAGAUAUACAGCAAUGGUGGGGUUGUGCUGCCCCACAAGGAGAUCAAAUCCAGCAUCCUGAAGCCUGAGAUAGUCAUGUGAGUGAGAGAGCUGACUUGUGUGCCGGAUAUUGAUAA